GGGUCUGGUUUUAUUUUGAAGGUGUGUCUCUGGGACAUCCUGUCUGUCCUCUCUGCUGCAGCUUGACGCCAUCUUCUCUGCUCGUCCUCUCUAAACUCUCCGGAGCUCCACACGGGACUUUGGGCGUUUUCCUCCCGCCCUCCGGCUCCAUCUCAGCGGACCGAGGUCCCGCGCGGACCCGGCCCCUCCCGGCAUCCGGUCCCGGUGUCCCGUCCCCGGUCCGGAGCCGUGACCGGUAGUUUUCCCGGAGAACCGGAGAACUCCGCCGACAGCGUCCAUGCUGAUCCGCACACAGGCGUCCACAGGGCUGAUUGGUCCUCUUGUGCUGUCCUCAGGCUGCUGGUUGGUGGCUGAUCUGGGAUGAGCCGGGUGGGGUCUAGGCUGCAGGACUCUGUGCUGUCCGUCCUCAUGAAGCUGGUCCUGGGUGGGUCCUGGUUCCAGUCCCGGUGGGUCCUGGUCCUGCUGGGAGCUGGAUCUCUGCUGCUGCUGGUCCACCUCCAGGACCUGACGGAGACGAUGCUGCAGCAGAACUCAGUCUGGUCUGGUCUGAUGUGGUCUGAUCUGGUCUCGACUAGUCUGGUCUGGUGUGUUUCAGGUCUGCAGGUGCUGGUGGGUCCCCGUUGGCCUGUAGAGAAGGACUUUGGACAUCAUACUGUGUCUCCGUCUGUCCCAUCUCUUGUCUCCAAGCCUCCGGUCACCAAACGUCAUAGGAAGUUGUUGAAGAACAGCCCCCCCCCUGGUGGCGAGGAGGCGGAGCAGCAUGGGGAGCUGGCGAGGACUGUGGCGUCUCGGCGCCGCCUCCUGAUGGAGGUGUGCGGCCGGUACCAGUCGGGCGUUUCCGGGCGCGUGGUGUCCCGGCGGCAGGUGUCCCGGGUGUUCGUGGAGGACCGGUCCCAGCUGCUGUACUGCGAGGUCCCAAAGGCCGGCUGCUCCAACUGGAAGCGGGUGCUGAUGGUGCUGGGCGGCAGUGCCACCUCCACCCGAGACAUUCCUCACGACGCGGCGCACUACGCCAACCGGCUGCGCCGCCUGGACAGCUACGACGGCGCCGGCGUGGCCCGGAGACUCGCCUCCUACACCAAGGUGCUGUUUGUGCGCGAGCCCUUCGAGCGCCUGGUGUCGGCGUUCAGGGACAAGUUUGAGAGUCCGAACUCGUACUACCACCCGGUGUUCGGACGCCCCAUCAUCUCCAGGUACCGAGCCAACGCCUCGCUGGCGGCGCUGCGAACCGGCGCCGGCGUCACCUUCCGGGAGUUCGUCCAGUACCUGCUGGACGUGCGGAGGCCGGUGGGGAUGGACAUCCACUGGGAGCCGGCCAGCCAGCUCUGCCACCCCUGCCUCCUCCGCUACCACUUCAUCGGCAAGUUUGAGAGUUUGGAGGAAGAAGCCAACUUCCUGCUGCGUGGCGUCGGGGCACCGGAAAACCUCACGUUUCCUCACUUCAAAGACCGGAAUCCUCGGGAAGAACGGACGUCCUCCAGAAUCACCCAGAAAUACUUCCUCCAGCUCAACGCCACUGAGAGACAGAAGGUCUUUGACUUCUACUACAUGGAUUAUGUCAUGUUCAACUACAGCAAACCCUUCACAGACCUGCACUGAAGAUGAAGAAGAACGUGAUUCAUCUCUGAGGCCAAAAUAUUUAAAACCAGCAGCGUCUCCAGAGACAGAGACAGAUGAAGACAUGUUCUUCCUCAAUGAUGGUUGUUGAACUGAAGCUCCAUCAGCCAAAGCAUCUAAGGAGCUAAGUAAGCUAAGAGCUAACUAAGAGCUAAGCUGAGGCCGACUGUCAGUUCAGUGUUUAGCUGGUUCCAACCUGGUGCCUCCAAGGAACAGGUUUGUUCCGAGUCAGGGAACGGAAGCACAAUAACAAACAUGGGGAACCUCAUGGUGACAGACAGAGCUGCUCUGGUCUUUAUAGAUGGUCCUAGGUUGAGUACGAGGCCGAGGUCACAUGUUGCCUGGACUCCAUUGAUCCAGAGUGUCGUUCCAGUUCAUCUGGAUCAGACCAAGGGCUUCUUGGCAAAGACACAAAUUACAGCUAGUGUGUCCCAGUCCAAAAGCUUAGGGCACCUGUUUAGCUCCAAAUUGGUGCCUGGAACUAGUUUGGAACAGGUUUGUUGGAAAAGGGAUAUGAGAGACAGACUGUAGCUUCAUGCUACAUGCUACUAGCACUACUAGCAUGUAACAUGGUACUAGCAUUUUGAGCACCACCUUAAUAUCUUCCAGGUGAAGAAGGUUAAAGACGAAUGUUUGAAAUGUCUCCUCCAUUAGCAGCCAGUUAACCUGCCCACCUCCACGGCCUUCUUCUUCUUCUUCUUCUUCUUCCUCUUCUUCUUCUUUCUCCUUUCUUCUUCUCUUCUUUCUUCUUCUCAACUGCCACCUACUGCCGUUGCUGUUGGUUAUGAAUUGUAAACCCAGGUUCUGGAUUCAGGAUAGAACAUAGAUGGUGUUCCUGUCUUCUAAAGACGACUUUGAGGCCUUAACUUUCUGUAACGACAUUAAAAUGAAUAAAGAACUGAACCUUCUGGUUUUA